AUGGAUCAAGCUCAAACCGAUUCUGUUCAAACUCCGCCACAACCAUCGUUAACCGAAGAACAAAAAGCUAUUAUUCGAGAGAAUUGGCAAGAUGUCGAGGAGAACAUGUCCGAAGUUGGACUCUAUUUAUUUUCCAAAUUAUUCACUAUAGCUCCUGAAUACCGAGAAGUCUUUCCAUUUGAAACAACAACAGACAACGUCCGACUACGAGUGCACGCUACAGGAGUCAUGAAGACUGUAGGGAAAGCAGUGCAAAAUUUGGAUCAAUUUUCUGAGUUGCAGUCAGCAUUGAGCACACUAGGUCAAUUUCACCACCGGAAAGCCAUCAAAUUUGAAAAUUUUCAGGCUGUAGGUCAAGCGCUUAUACAAACUCUUAGCGAUAAAUUGCAAGAAAAUUUCACACCAGAAGUCCAUGAAGCCUGGUCAAAAACUUUUGAUAUGAUCACUGCAGCUAUGAAGUCUGGAAUGAAUUAG